ACUCUCCCCUUCCUCCUCCUUCUGCCCGCCCUGCGCAAGAUGGCGGCGAGCGGCGUCGGUUCUGGCGGUCGUGGGCGCGCGUCGUGAGGCUGUAAGGAGCAACUCGAGAUCUGUUCUUUAGGAAAUAAGACACUUGGACAGCAGGAUGACGUCCAUCAUCAAGCUGACCACGCUCUCCGGAGUGCAGGAGGAGUCUGCCCUGUGUUACCUGCUGCAGGUGGAUGAGUUUCGGUUUCUGUUGGACUGUGGCUGGGAUGAGAACUUUUCUAUGGAUAUUAUUGAUUCCCUAAAGAAGCAUGUACACCAAGUUGAUGCUGUUCUCCUUUCUCAUCCUGACCCUCUACACCUCGGUGCUCUUCCAUAUGCAGUUGGAAAAAUGGGAUUGAACUGUGCCAUUUAUGCAACUAUUCCUGUGUAUAAAAUGGGACAGAUGUUUAUGUAUGAUCUCUAUCAGUCUCGCCAUAAUACUGAAGAUUUCACACUCUUUACAUUGGAUGAUGUAGAUGCAGCAUUUGAUAAAAUACAGCAGCUAAAGUUUUCUCAGAUUGUCAACUUGAAAGGCAAAGGACACGGUCUGUCAAUCACGCCAUUGCCUGCAGGUCACAUGAUAGGAGGCACGAUUUGGAAGAUUGUCAAAGAUGGAGAGGAAGAAAUUGUUUAUGCAGUUGAUUUCAACCACAAGAGGGAGAUCCAUCUGAACGGUUGUUCAUUGGAAAUGCUGAGCAGGCCUUCAUUGCUUAUUACAGAUUCAUUUAAUGCUACUUAUGUACAACCCAGGAGGAAACAAAGGGAUGAACAGCUACUAACUAAUGUUUUGGAGACAUUACGAGGUGAUGGAAAUGUGUUGAUAGCUGUGGAUACAGCUGGCAGAGUUCUGGAACUUGCUCAACUUCUUGAUCAGAUCUGGAGAACGAAAGAUGCAGGAUUAGGAGUUUACUCUCUGGCGCUUUUGAAUAACGUCAGCUACAAUGUAGUGGAGUUCUCUAAAUCACAGGUGGAAUGGAUGAGUGAUAAAUUGAUGAGGUGCUUCGAAGACAAGAGAAACAAUCCUUUCCAGUUCCGCCAUCUCUCCUUAUGUCAUAGUCUGUCUGAUUUGGCUCGAGUGCCUAGUCCAAAAGUUGUCCUUGCCAGCCAACCUGAUUUAGAAUGUGGGUUUUCGAGAGAUCUUUUCAUUCAGUGGUGCCAGGAUUCCAAGAACUCCAUAAUUUUAACUUACCGUACCACACCUGGAACACUGGCACGAUUCCUGAUUGAUAAUCCUUCUGAAAAAGUUAUAGAUAUUGAGUUGAGAAGACGUGUCAAGUUGGAAGGAAAAGAACUUGAAGAAUACCUAGAAAAGGAGAAACUAAAGAAAGAAGCAGCUAAGAAGUUAGAGCAGUCUAAAGAGGCAGAUAUUGAUUCCAGUGAUGAGAGUGAUGCGGAAGAAGAUAUUGAUCAGCCAACUGUGCAUAAGACCAAACAUGAUUUGAUGAUGAAAGGUGAAGGUAGCCGGAAAGGAAGCUUCUUCAAACAGGCAAAGAAAUCUUAUCCAAUGUUCCCAGCCCCUGAAGAAAGAAUUAAAUGGGAUGAAUAUGGCGAGAUUAUCAAACCAGAAGACUUUCUAGUUCCAGAACUUCAGGCAACAGAAGAAGAAAAAAGCAAACUAGAAUCUGGUUUGACAAAUGGAGAGGAGCCAAUGGACCAGGAUUUAUCAGAUGUUCCUACCAAGUGUAUAUCAGCAACAGAAUCCAUGGAAAUUAAAGCCAGGGUUACAUAUAUCGACUAUGAAGGACGCUCAGAUGGGGACUCAAUUAAAAAAAUCAUUAACCAAAUGAAACCAAGACAACUAAUCAUUGUCCACGGACCACCUGAAGCCAGCCAGGACCUUGCUGAAUGUUGCAGAGCUUUUGGUGGAAAAGAUAUUAAAGUGUAUAUGCCAAAACUACAUGAAACUGUAGAUGCAACCAGUGAAACUCAUAUUUACCAGGUCAGGUUAAAAGAUUCUCUUGUCAGCUCACUUCAGUUCUGUAAAGCCAAGGAUGCUGAGUUGGCUUGGAUAGAUGGUGUCCUGGAUAUGCGGGUCUCGAAAGUGGAUACUGGAGUUAUUUUGGAAGAGGGAGAGCUAAGGGAAGAUGAAGAGUUAGAGAUGCAAGUGGAUGUGCCUUCUUCAGACUCUAGUGUCAUUGCACAACAAAAGGCCAUGAAAAGUCUCUUUGGUGACGAUGAUAAGGAGAUGUGUGAGGAGAGUGAAAUCAUCCCUACUUUGGAACCACUGCCACCUCAUGAGGUUCCUGGACAUCAGUCUGUGUUUAUGAAUGAGCCAAGACUAUCUGACUUCAAGCAAGUUCUCUUGCGAGAAGGAAUUCAAGCUGAGUUUGUAGGAGGAGUGCUUGUGUGCAACAAUAUGGUGGCUGUUCGCAGGACUGAAACGGGGCGCAUUGGAUUGGAAGGCUGUCUCUGUCAGGACUUCUAUAGGAUAAGAGAACUUUUAUAUAAGCAAUAUGCUAUUGUCUAAAAGAAGCACUUAAAGGUGUUUUCGCUUGAACUUCUGAAUAUGCAGAGGAUUUCUCUCUGGACUUUUUGUAGUUUUCUAAUUUAUACAGGGGAAAAGUAAUUCAUAAAGAACAGUUAAUUACCCUGAACAUGUAAAUAACGACCGUUGUUGCUCUUCAUAAAUCUGUUGGUAUGUUCCAUGUUCUUGACUUUCAAACUGUUAUGACUUAUCUCCCACAUAAUGUAUCACAAAUGAGUUUAUGACCACGAACUGUUUCUCAGGAAGGAUUGGCACUGACAAGUCACAUUUUGAUUUGUUAGAUUCCCUGCCAAAGACUACGAAAUAGAUAAAAGUCAUUCUUCUGUUCUCAAAUAAGAUCAGAUAGGGAGUUGUGGUUUCUUUGUUUUCUCUUUUUUGUUAGUUUUUUGUUAUUUCAACAAGUCUGAUUUAUAGAAGAGUCUUGAGUUGUCUUGUAUUUGUUUGGGUUUUUUUUUGUUUCUUUUUUUUCCCUUUUUAAAUGGGGUCUAGUUAAAAUAUAUUUUUAACAGCCCACUUAAAGUUGUCUGUAUGUUCCCCCAGUGCUAAUCUGGCUGCAUCUUAAUGUUGUUGCUUGUCUCCUCUUACUGACUUGUUCCAGUACAGCACUUCAUUAUUCUAUAUGAAGUAUUAAUCUGCAGGAUCAAAAAACUACUUUGAAAAGGUAAGUUAAGAAGACUGGUGAAGAUCCUUAGGCAGCGUAAAAUCUAGCAGUUAUGUGCUUCAGGGUAACUUCUGUACAAACUCAUUGAAUUUGUACCUUCUAGCUUUUGCGGAGUUGUGCCAACUAUAAAUUAUUUUAAAUUCUGAUUUUUAAUACCUUGGAAAACUAAAGCCUUUAUUUACACACUGCUGUUUGUUCAGAAUGCCAUGAAUCAAGUUCAGGAUCCCUUAUCUUGAAAGCUGAGUUCAUGUGAUCAAUCUAAUGCCUUCGUGCUGUGUUUCAUAGUAGUUGCAUGUUUUGACAGUGGGAUUUAUUCUAGCGGAUGAUGCUAGAAAUUGAACUUUUUUUGAUGAAGAUGAGCAGUUCUUCUAAUUUAGUUUCUCAGAAAUGAAUGUUUGCAUACAAAUAGCCUCUUGAGAGUUUAUUUAAUCCCAUUUCCCCCCAUCCACAUAUGCACCACCAAUUUUGGUAAUGAAAAGUUGCCUGCUUGUUUUUACAUUCAACAGCAAUGUAAUAUGCGCUCUCUGUCAAAUGUUUAAAUAAAAUAUUUGGGCGAAGUGGCAAAAAACCAGCCCUGUGGGCUAUCAGUGAAAAGAUAAUUUGCCUUCUAAUUUGUUCUUUGGCUAAUAGUGUCUUAUCUGAUCUACAGAAUAUUUAUUCUGUUUAAAAUAGGAACUUGAAAUUGAAGUCUUCCUUUCAAAAAGAAAAAAAGCAAACUACAAAAUACCCAAGCUGCUAGAACUAGAUGCUAAAAAUGUAAAACAUUUGAAAGUGAGAAUGUACUUUGUUACAUAAAACUUCCUGUCUAGGAUUGACUAAACGCUGAACACUUCUUUGGCAACAGUAUCGAAAAAUGUUUCAAACUAUAUGGACAGUCAGAACUUCUCAGAAAUGUGUUUUCUUUUUAGCUGUUUUCUAGCAGUGCGAUUUAAAUCUACAUGAUUUGCGAUGCUUACUGGUUAAUACUAUUGUAUUACUAUUGUUGAUACUAAUGAACUUUUAUAAAGUGCAUUACUUUGUACGUAAUAAUUUUGGCCUUAGAACUUUUAACCGGGGGUCUUGGGGUGGGCAGAUGUCCCUUAAGACUGAAGGGGAUACCAUAAUAAAUAAAUUUAUCCCAGAACUGGAUGGUGAGGUCUCACAAAAGCAGAUGGGCAGAAUCACCUCCCUUGACCUGCUGUCAGGAUAAGGUUGGUCUUCUGGGCUGCAAGUGCACUUUGCUAGCUCAUGUUGAGUCUUUCAUCAAUUGACAUGCCCAAAUCCUUCUCCUCUGAGCUAUUCUCAAGCUAUUCUCUGCCCAGCCUGUAUUUGUGUUUGGGAUUGCCCCAACCCAGAUGCAGGACUGGCUGGGUCCACCUUGUCUAGAAGCUUGUCUAGGUCCCUCUGGAUAGUAUCACUUCUCUCUAGUGUGUCACUUGCACCACUCAGCUUGGUGUCGUUUGCAAAAUUGUCACCUACUGAGAUGUUAAAUAACACUGGUCCCUGGGGAACACUGAGCUGUUAACCACAACUCUCUGAGUGCAACCAUCCAGCCAGUAGUCAUCUUUUAAGAGAUGGUGGGUUGGAAGAUGAGUGCAAAGUCAAAUCAGGUAAAGAUAUCCAGGGAACAGAAUUUUAGAUCUUAGAUACUUAAAAACUGUAUAAGAAAAUGGUGGCAUUUAAAGUUGGAUUCAUUUUGUAGAUGCAGCUCACUGUUGUGUAUGCUUCAUUACCUGUAAAUACAGAACAGGAGAGUUAGUUAUGUCAAUGUGAGCAGUAUUAGUCUUAAGGAAUGAAUGCAUGUAUUAUCUCUUCUUUUAUAAUACAAGUUUACUUAGAAAAUCAUCUUCCAAGAAGCUUGCUGGCAGGGUAGAUUUCUCAUCAAAUGUUUAGUCCAAAAAAUCUCCCUGCCUGCAUUUUAAACAGUGUACGUUGUGAACUGUUGGUGUGCAUCACGCUGCUCUACCAGUAUUAACAUAAGCACAAAAGAGUGUGUUGUUUUGGAUCUAUCUAAAUAACUGAAAAUGUUUUACUGAUUUAAUUAAUUCCUUGUCCUAAAGGAUGUGCACAUGUGUUUCUGGCGGAGAAAUUCUGCUGAAGAGUGGUUGCACUUCAGUGGUAGGUGAACUAUUUUCAGCUCUAUAAUGCUCACUGUGGAAAAGGAAUAUAAAAGUAAUAUUUAAACAUUAAUGACUUGACGAGUGUGUUUUCUUACACGUAGUGAAAAUGUGAAAGUUUGAUAAAUAUGGGAAGUAUCAAGAUAUGGGAGAACUAUAUUGUUUCAUGCAGUGCACUGCAGAUUAUAUUCUCUUUGAUAGGUUAUAAAAUUACCACUGUGAUACAAAGUAAAAUAAAUUACAAUGGUUUCUGAGUAGAAUUUCCAAUAAGCCAUGUAUCAGUUUUCCCUGAAUGAAAAAUCACUAGAAGCUCGAAAUGCUAUGAAGAAGCAAGUUUGGCAUAUGAGCUUUAGCAGGAAUAACCUGCCUGUUGUUGCAUAAUCCUCUUAGGUGGUGCAAGCUGGAUCUGUGGUUCAGCAGCUGAAUGAUAAUGAGCUAGGCAUCUGCCAAAAGGCAUAGUCUGUAACUGCAAUCUGGUGUUCACAAAUUUUAGUAACGAGCAAAUAAUUGAUUUCGCUAUUAUAAAAUUUUCUUCCAUGGUACUUGUUUUCAGUGCGGGUUUUCUGAAGUGCUGCAAACUUCUCUAAAAGGUGUUUCUGACAAACAUUUCUGAAGAAAUUUGGAAAGGUGGUAAUUUAACAGCCAGACACUUUCUGUCCAACCCUGCAUGAGAUUGAUGCCAGUUUCUUAAAACUGGCUUUGGAGAUCAAGGGAAGCUUUCAUCAUUUGGUACUGGCUAUGGUACCCUUGCUGGUAUGGAAGACAUAGUAAAACCUUUGUCAAAUAUUACCAUCAUAACGCUGCAUUCCAUGUCCAAUGUAGAAAGAACUUUUUAAAAAUAUAAUCAAAGCUAUUUUUUCCCCUCUAUGGCCAGUAAGUACAGGAAGCAUUUGUAUGUUAAUUAGAAAUUGACAAAGACUUGAGCUUUCAAAACGCAGAUAUUAAGUGAUGGCACUUGGAGCAAUCAGUUUCUUGAGUUGGUGGCUUCGUCAGUGCCUUCCUAGAGUUAACUUGGUUGCCCUUUCUGCAUGGAGCCUGGUUUAGCUCUACACCAUAAAAUUGUGACACAGACAGUGGUUUUCUUGUCUGCUUUACAGCUGUAUAAAUCUGAACAAGAGCCCUAGAAUGAGCCAGCUUAAAUCACUGGAAAAUGAAUUCCUGCUAAUAAAAAAUGAUUAAUGUCUUAGAAGUUGAAAGCCAAUUUCUUAUAAAAGUUUGUUUAAAAUUGUGCUUUUAUAUAAUGCUACUGCAGUUAAUCUGAUGUAGAGAAAUUACUGCUUCCUUUCCUGAUCUUUCUAGUUCAGUAGAAAGAGCAACUGGCCUCAGAAGUUCCUGGCCAAGAAUCAGAGAUAAAACCAUAAAACCUCACUUUGUAGUCAUUGCUUCCAAGUUGACUUUUUUUUUUUUUUUUUUUUUUUUCUUUUAAAUCUGUCUGGAUAAGCUGUAAAGUGUUGUUGUCUCAGCUGUGCCUUACCCCACAGUGUUUCUCAGAAAUAAUCGUGAAGACAGGUAGGUAAUCUCUUGUUAUUAGCAGUAGUACUCAGUGCAGGAAAAUUGUAUGAAGGAUUUUUGAAAGAUUUUUUGAAAGAAAUGGAAUGCAUUACAUCACUGGAAUUCAGUAAAUAUCACCUGUUUCAUUUUUGUCAGUAGUCCAUGGUGGUAGAAACAGGCUUUUAAAGGUAUGCUUUUUGAUGACAUAAUAUGAGGUGUUAAGGUUUAAAAUAAUAAUAACAAAAAAUAAUUGUACCUGGCUAAUUGGUCUGUUACCAGCUGCUUCAGGGUGUGAAACUGAGUGUUUUCAUAAGAUAGCCUCUCUCAAAAGAUGGGAGUUAGUACAUAAGACAGUACUGCCCUCUGUUUUACAGUUUUACAGUUCUAGCUGUCCAAAUCAAUCCUGAUGCAAAUAAUUAUGUCUUCUCUUGUUUUCAAGGAACAUGUUUAGCUGUCAGGGGAGGGUGAACCCAGAGCAUGAUGUGAUCAAAACUUCGUAAAUCAUUGGCAGGUGCUAUGCAAGCCAUAAUUAUGAUCUGUCUCAUAAAAAUCAUCGGGGACUCAGUUUUUGCCAUGUUGCUGCUCCUGAAGAAGCUGCACAGCUGGCAGAGCAUAUUGCCCAUCACCUUGCCAGACUUGGCGUUUGAAAGUGUGCCAGAUUGCUUUGUGCUGUUAUGCUAGCCAUAGAUCAGCAGUAUGUGACAGAAUGAGGAUAGGAAGCAUUUUAUUUUUUGCCCUCUGUAGAAUCACAAGAGUUAAAGUUGCAUUUAAGGAGUCCGAUCUGUUUUUUGAACCUACUAGGUACUUCCAUUGUGUUGCCUCCAGGGUGGAGGUUAGCCAGAUUAGCCCCUAUGCUGCAGGAAUCCAUACAGUAAUUUUGUUCUUGAUGUAUUCCAGUACAAUUUCUACUAAUAUCAAUGUUUGGAGUUACUCUAUAUAGACAGCUUUUCAUGUUUUAUGUAAUUUUAUUAUGCUUCAGUAUUUCUUUCAUAAUCUCCCUGAUUUUACUAAUGCACAAUAUUGCAAAUGCAGUAUAAAACUAGUCAACAGACUUUAAAUCAUUUGUGUAUCUCUAAACCUCUUAUGCUGAUUAAAAGUGUUAAGGCUAUUAGUAUUUUUUUAUGUAACCUGGUCUAAAUUUAGUUUCUGUUACAGUCAAAAAACACUCUGAUAUUGCAAACCAUGAUCCUAAUCUGCUUCCUGUGGAGUUGGUGGCAGCAAUUUUUCAGCUGAGUUUUUGUGUUUUUGUCAGUUGAUAACUUGAAUAGAUAACCUUUUGUGUUUGUCACAGAAAUUCAUGACUUCUCAUAGUUCUUAUUUCUUUUCCAGAAGUGUGUGUGUGGGGGGGGUGCUGUUGACAUUUGUGUUAAAUUCUUGUGUAGAGCAGAUAAAAGGAAAUAACUGAGCAAAUAGAAAUCACAUAUAGUCAGUACCUUCCAAACUGAAUAGCUAUAAAAUAGAACAGAAUAACAGCCUCAUCCUGCAAAAAUCCAUCUGUUGGUUCAUUCUGGGUAGCCUGUUCUUGUUUUAACACAUUAAUUGCUGCUAUAUGGCUGUUUCAAAAUGCUAUUUGUAUAUUAAUGACAUUACUUCCUUCAGUAUUGCGCAUUGCCUUUGGUCAGUUGAGACCCAUAAUAUUAAUUUUACAUGUUCAUUAAUUUCACAAGUUCUGUUUCUAUGAUGGAUUGCUAUAGAAAGCCAGCUCACAAAAGGUAGUCUCAUUGUGCCUUGGUAGUUGAGGUAUUAGGACACAUAGUGAAGGAAAUCAUCAGCUUUGUGUUCAAGGCAACCUUUGGGAAGAUGAAAUAGCUUGGCAGUACUUCUGCUGCUAAUUGUAAAUAAAAAUGUAUGUCUUUAAAUUGAUACACAGAAACAGAUGAUUUACAUGAUUUUCUUUAACAUAAAAUUCAAGCUUUUCAUAUAUGUGUGCAUAAUGUGAGAAACAGAGACAACACUGUGUGAGCUGUAUGUACUGGAGUUAAUAGCUGUAUACCUAAGAGUACAGAGCUUGAGUGCUUCAUACUUCUGGUAAUCUUAGUCCUGCACUCGCAAGGCUAUUCAGCCAAUUGUUCUGUAGGAAAGGAAUAACUUUCUAAUUAUUAGUUAUUUCUUUGAUCUGCAAAUGGAAUUUUCCUUUAGUUGUCAGAACAUGUGCUUUAACAAUUUUGAAAUCAUUCUGAAAUAACUCUCCUAGCUAGGUGAGCAGCCUGAAGAGAAUAUCUUCUUGAGAAUGGGGAGGGAUAGCUGCCUGAGUAUUUUUGGUUUGGAAAUAAGGUAUGGAUGGAGUGAAGAAAGAGCCCUAGAUUCUGUGGAAUUUAAGGAGAAAUGACCAAAACUAAUGGCUUUCUCAAGGAGAUGAUAUUUUGUUUUGCUUCAGUGGAUUAUGAAUAUCUUAUCAACUAUUGCCUAUAAAAUUACGCAUGGGCCUAAGAUUUGAUUGGGGAACCUAGACAGUUUUACUGACAAGUUCUUCGAGUGUGUUUUGUUCAGUUUUGUGGUCGGAGAAGCUAGAAUGAUGCCUGAUAUUGAUGAAUGCUUAGAAUACUGUAGGCAAAUUGUGGAUGUUCUUGGCAAUUUAUGCACCACUGCUUCCAAUAACUGCAUUGCUCAGUUGACACUGACAACUACAAGUUACGAGACACUGUUUUCUCAUCUGGUCAUGAACUUUUAAUGCAUGUGGCACUCCAUUCACCGUCAUUUGUCCAAACAAUAGUCUGUAAAUUUUGAAUAUGCAAAGAUAUUUUUCAUUAAUUCUCGAUAAUAAAGUUUUGUCACUUAAUAAUUCAUUAGAUCAAUCACAUGCAAUGUGAUUAUAUGAAAUCUAAAAUUAAGGGAAAUCUUAAUAGUUUAAUUCCUAACUGUUGAAAAAUCUUCCUUGUAUUAAGUGACUUUUCUUGUGAUUAUUCACCUUUCUUGAAAAUCUUUGAGCUUACUAAAUUUGUUUCCAACAAUACUAAUGUAUACUUCUAUAAGCCUUGAUUUCUUGUUGCAAGUAUUCUGCUUUACCUUCUAUGUCUCUGAAGUGGCAGACACAUGCAGGUCUCUGAACGGACUUAGAAAGUCUGCUAUAUACUUUUUUUUUUUUUUUUUUUUUUUUGUACUAAUGUAAAAUCUCACUUCUAUCAGCAUUGCAGCCCAUAUCUUACUGCACAGAGCUUUGACUUCCUUCAUGUGACUUAUGAGAAAUGCUGAAGUUCAAUACUGGUUGUGUCAUUUGGAAAAAUGUCAAGUCAACUUCUCAGCUUUUACUCCCACAUCUUUUGUCAUUGCUUAGUAAAUUCCUAGGCCUGCAGCAGGUAACUUAUGACUCUGUGUGGACAGCUGAGAAUUACCCAGCAAGGCAUCUUUAAUGUCUAGUAUGGUAGGACAUGUCUGUGCUGACAGAAUGGCGUGUUUCAGGGAAGACAUGGGGGAAAGGAUGAAACUGUUGGAAACGGGCAGAUUUGUAUUUAAUUGUCUAAUAUUUCUGUGGAGUAUGCCAAAGGAUUACUUUCUGGAUCAUCAAAUUCACACUACUUGUGAUUUAUGCUUUUAAUACUCAGUCUGUCUCCUCAAACACAGGGCCUUUUCUUCAUUUGUGUUGCAUCUUUUCUCUUUAAAUCUGCUUUAGUGCUUGGAGAGAAUUAUUUGCACACCUUUUAUGUUAACAUUUUGUUAGAAUUCUGUCUGCAUAAGGAAAAAUGUAUUUAUUUCAGUUUAGUGAAGGCAGCUGCACAUGUCAGCAUAAUGAGCCUUAAAGAUCUGUAAGGUGACAAGUGAUUUCUACAGUGAAGUUAUUUUUAGAUUGCCAACUUUCAAGGUAUGUUGAUUUAAUAUUCCUGAAGCUUUGUUGUGAUGAAGCUUUGCAAUACUUAUUGGUUUUCUAAAAUGGUAGUUAAGUAAAUAUGUGAAACACUAACGCAAGAUAGAUAGUUGCUGGUUGUAACAGUUCAAAUGAUUAGAUCUUUACAUCACCAGUUACCUAUUGUGGAAUUAAUGUGGAUCCAUCAGCUAAAACUGCCGUGCCGUAAUGCAAAGUUUUCUUUUGAAUUUUUGUUCAGGCUGUGAUUUCAUAGAAUAUGAAAAAUAAAGCUUUUGAUGUCUUUCCAUAUGUAUGGGAAUUGCUAAAUCAUGGCCUGAACCAAUGACUGAGCACCUGGUGGAAGGACAAAGCCAGCCCUGGGAGCACAGGUGAAAGCAAUGCAUCUAUGUGACAGGAUGGAGUGAAGCCUAGUUCCACCUCUCCCUAAACCUCAUUUAAAAGGCUGUCUGCCUUUAGAGGGAUCUCUUACCUGGAGAUCCCUCCUUUUGGAGUACUCAGAGAGCCCUGAUGCAAAUCUUUCUUUCUUUAACUGGAUUGUGACCAUCUCUCUUUUUUGGGUAAUUCAGAACUGGUUAUCUGCCAUCACCUUUCCCUACAUCACAUGUCCUGUUAAUUGCCUUUUGAAAGGACAAUUCUGAUACUCAUUCCACAUCCAGCUUGAAAUAAAAGCUAAUACAGCUAAAGUUAGUGAACACCUGUCAUAUGACAGCAGCUCAUUUCUUUCUAUGCUGCGUCUGGUUGUGAUGUCCUGUCUGUUGUGUCCUUCUGCCCAGGUUCGGGCUUCUUUUCUGCCUUUGCACUGUGGUAUGCAGUGCUGUUAUGUAAAGCAUCUGCUUUCAGGCUUGGGUGCCAGAGGCUGGAGCUUGGAGGCCACACUGGAACAUGAGUGAUGUAUCUCAGUAUGGUCAAAAAGAAGUUGCUUUGGAAAAGCAACAUGUGUGUGAGUUUCUUCGACCAGAAUAAUGUCUCUUUUCUAGGAAGUUCAUAAUUUGAACCAAUGGUAUUUUUGUGUUAGGAUAAACUGUCCUCACAAUCUUCAAGUAGCUUAAACUUUCAUUUCUGGUAAUUCACUCAAAGGGUAAUCGCUAUUUCUCCUUUUUAACUCAAUUUCAUACGGAUACUUGGAACUGUUUGUUGAAAAUGCUAAGCAGGUCAUAGCUGAUGCCUUUGAGAAAGAAUAGGAGCUGUGAGGCACUGCAAACACACUAUUAGAGGAAGGCACUGUAUACCGGAGGAGGUACUCCUGAGGGACACUGGCCAGGGGCACUCCAGUGGGGUGGAGACUUAAAGAUGCAGAGGGGCAAUGGAAAACCAGUAAUGAGGGACAAGCAGGGAGUAAAGGUACUAUCAUGACAUCCUGACCAGCCGCACUGCCCUUCUCGUGCGGAGAGCUGGGCCACUGCCAGCUGUGGAUGUAGGAAACUAGAAGUGGGGAAAACAGCUGUUUGUGUGUGUUGGUUCUUUCAUUUCAUUUUUCUCAGUAAUCACAUCAGAAGUUAACUGGCAAUAUAUCAGAGAACCUCUCCAGGUCAGUGUCACCUCAAUUCUGGGUGGACAUGGCCCUGCAGGCCUACUGACCACUCGGUGCUAGAGUGCAGCCUUGUCAGUGUCUGAAACAGUGUCUGCAGUUUGCGGUUAGUAGCAUUACAGCCCUCAUCAUACGGCAUAUUUGCUAUGGAACCUUCAAGAGUAUAUGCAGUGUGUGAUUUAUUUAUUUAUUUAUUUCUUCUGCAGAGAAGGAAAUAGGAACACGAGAUUUUUUUGAACCAAAUGGCAGUUAAUGCAGUCGUGUUGCAUGAGCUGUGGUUAGGCAGGCAUGAGCCAGCUAGCAUCGAGUGACUUGUCAUUUAAGAACAGAGACUAACAAAAAAUGUGAGCUGCAACCAUAUGCAGAACAAGCACCUUUCCUGUGAGGUCCCUUCCAACCCAAACCAUUCUAAGAUUCUGUGUCAGGUGUGACUGCUGUUGGCUCUUGUUGAGCUGUGCAUGGCAGUGCAGUGUGCGCUCUGGUGGAGGCGUACAGACAUUCUGGCUGCAGUUAGGGCAAAGAGAUGGAACUGGGGAGCAAACACCCCCAAGAUCUGUAGGCAACAGUGUUCGUGAUAGAGUUGGUUAGUCCCAGGCAUUAAGGAUUUGGUUGCAUUUCUCUGUGAGAAAAUCUUUAGCUAGUGCAAGUUCUCUGUGUGAUGGUGUGUCACUGCUUAUUCUGAAUUGCAUUUCUUACUGUAUUCUUAACAUCAAGCUACAUUAGCUGUUCAUCUCAUAUGCCUUUCCCGAUACUGAUGAUUCUCUUUGGUAUUGUUGUACUGUUGGCAGCUGAGCUGCUAUUGAACUUGCGGUCAAAGAUCCAAUGGUUUCUUGGGGUUGUGGAGAGGAAAGAUCGGAUAGCGGGGUGGGAAGUGUUAGUCUGGCUGCCAGAAUGCCAGAACUUGUUUGGGAGAGGCUUCAUCCUAUGGAGAGUCUGCAUUGUGUGAAUGCAAUGGCUGUGCUGAGACCCCCCCCACCAGCCUGGACAGAUUUCUUCCUUUACCUUUUCUCACAGUAGUGCAUCCACAUCAUUUCUGGCGGUUCCAUGAAGGAAGGCAAGAGUAAAACUUGGAUAAGGAGAGAAAAUAUGAAUUUUUUGGAGUUUAUUAAAUCAUUUAAUCAAGGCCUCUGCAAAUGGCCUGUACAGGUCAGCAAUUUGGAGGUGCAACAUAAGCAUAACUGCUUAUAACGAUCACAGAAAAAUUACAAGAUUGUAAAGAUCAGCCUGAACAAAGUGAUGAUAGUGAUGGGAUACAAGUUUAUUCUGUACUGUGGUUAGUGUCUAUAUGAACUCUAAUUUCUUAAUUCAUUUGCUUGCUUUUUUUUUCCCCCACAAGAUUUUCAAACCGGGUAUCUAUUCUGAUGGAGCAAACCUUGUUACAGUGACUGUGUAGCAGAUCACUUGGUGAGAACCAACAUGCAUGAGUGAGGUUUGAGCAUAAAAAGUUGUCCCUUAUUCUUACUGCCACAGCAGAGAAUUAAGAUCAGGUUUGGUGAGUAAGCUCCGUUGUCAAAGAUGUCUCACAGCAACUCAUGACUACAGCCAAACAUGCAGAAGACAUGACAAAUACUAACAGGAAUAGGACUGAGAGUGUGAGCCCUUUCCCUGAUACGUCGUUAUCUUAUGGCUCAUGUGGCAUUAGCAAUUUCAUCUUAAUUAUGUGUUAAUGUGUGGGAAACUUUUAUAGUGUUUUUGUUGUUGUUGUUUGUGGUAUUUUUUGUUGGUUUUUUUUCUGCAAAUGAGCCUCCUUUUUCUCCCAAAAUGGUAGGAAAUGGAAAACUCCCUGAAAGGAGGUUGUGGCAAGGUGGGGACUGGCUUCUUCUCCCACAUAGCUAGCAAUAGGACAAGAGGGAAUGACCUCAAGUUGCAGCAGGAAAACUUCACAUUGGGUAUUAAGAAGUAAUACUGAAAGAGUGGUCGGGUGCCCAGGGAGGUAUCUGAGUCACUGUCCCUGGAGGUGUUUAAGGAAAGGGUAGAUACAGAAGUAAGGGAUGUGGUUCGGAGGGCAAUAUUGGUGAUAAGUGGAUGGCUGGACUAGAUCUUAGAUGUCUUUUCUAACCUUUAUGAUUUUGUAAUUGUAUGAAAUGAUCGGGAGGGAGUGGGAAACAGUGACCAGAAAAGUCAAACUUUCCUCAGCUCUGAAUUCAGAAGCUUUAAAGCUAGGAUGGCUGUGCGUGAGCUCUGUUAGCAGAGCAUUUCCUCAGCAGAAAGCAAACAGUUGUCCGUUCACCCCUUGGAGAGUAAGGGAAGUUGUUAGGAAAAAAAGAAAUGAUAAAAAAUUGAAAAACAAGUCUGCACAGCAUGUAGAGAGUGGACUUAAUUGGUUGCAUUGGGAAAUCAUCCAGAAAAGUCCCUUUUUCUGAUUUGACUCAUUCCAGACUGCCUUUCUCAAGUUGUCACUUGCUGGUAUGUGUGGUAGAGUGAAUGGCAUCUGUUCCAUUUUGCUGUAGAAGUGUGCCUGAGCAUAUCAAGUGAAGGGUUUGGUUGAUUGCAUUUCUUUUCUAGCACAAGGUCUCCAGGGGACCUUCCAAUAAAAACUGGAAAGUGCUCCUGUUAGGUAUAAAAGCAGAGCCCUUGAAAUCAAAUGAAGCUUACAUGUAAUUAUAAAGCCCACACGGAGAUGGAAAACCAAAUCCAAUUAGCAAAUAAUAUCAUUCCCUCUCUCUGGGAAUUCAUCUUACAGUCUCUGCUCUUUGUUAACGCUAAGCACAAACAUAGAUUUAAUUGUCAGUAACGCUGUCCUGUUUUGCCGUUAAGUAGUACAACACUGCAUUGUGCCAUGUUCCUAUUUUGGGGACUGAGGUUUCCCAAAUCUUCAUGUGGUAGGUUGACUCUGCCCAGCAGCAAAGCACACACACAUGGUUGGUUGCUUACCUCAAAUACAGACCCUGUGGUCUGCUCUGAAGCAAGCCGGCUCCCUUAAAGCUGGACCUAGCACAUUGCUUAUGGAUACCAUCUUUCAAACUGAAGGCAUCCUUUCUUGUGAGAGGAAUUAGGUGCAACAAGUCUGAUGACUGAUGAGGAUAUUAACGUUCUGGCAAUAAGCAGCAAAGUAAAAUAAUGCUAGAUUGGAAACGGGUAACAGAGUUGAAGUUAGCUGGACCUUAACCUAAACUUAGGUAAAUAUUCUCGCUGCUUUUUGGUGUGUUUGUUUUGUUGUUUCUUUUCCUUGGAUGUUUUUUAACAGCUUUGUGAAAAUAACUUACAAAGGAGCCUUAAUAAAAUAUCAUGAUGAUUAAUAAGAGAUUUUCUGAUAAAUUUCUGAAGAUUAAUUUCAAAGAAACGAGGAAAUGUGGGUGCUGAAAGAAGAACUCUAUUUUUUAAAAAUUCAAGUUGAAUAAAAGGAAAAAAGGGCAAGUGAGAGAGAGGAAAGCUCUGCUGAUUCAAUCUCUGUAAGAAUUCUGGAAGUGUGACAAAACAUCUUCUGCUCCCUUUUGUUUUUAGGGUUUGUUAAGAGAUCUCUUGCUAAUGUUCAUCUAAAGGUGGCAGUAGCCUGUUGCAAUUGGAGUUUUGUUGAGUGAUAGGAAAUGCAGAUAGCAGGAAGCCCUCGACUAAUCCAACGCUUACCAUUAAUCCCAAACAAACCAUCAUUAGUAUCUGGUUUUAUCCCGCUAAGUCUGUGCUGGAUCGUGAAUUAUGUAACCUGUGCUUUAUUAACAUGUAAUGGAAGCUCAUUAUCAGGUAGGUUACUUCAGAAAAUGGGAGUUUAAAAAUGCACGUUUGCUGCUUUCUGUUCCCUGGUUUUGUUUGAGGAAUUUCUAAGGAUUUCAUAAAGAAGUUAGUGCAUAUUUCUUAAUCAUUCCAUAAGUAAACUUCAAACUCGCUGAGCAAUUGCCUGGCAGAAAGCAGCUGUUUGCAAUAUUACAUAGACCCUUUUUG